AUGCAGCGAGGGGAAUCGACGACGACUGUUACCUCCGCCACUACGUCCGAAGUCCGGACCACAGGCGAAGAGAUAACGAUAGAGCAGUCCACGUCGACGAGCGCAGCCAGCCAGCCAGAUCAAGCAUUGACUCUGGCGCCAGCGGGUUCCACCCGGCGGGCCGCAUCGAGAGCCGUAUCCAGAGCCAGCUCAAGAAGACAAGCCGAGGCCAGAGAAGAGCUGGCUCGCUGCGAGCUGCGGGAAGCGCAGGCAGCAGCACGCCUGGCCAGAUUACGAUUAGAAGCAGAAACGGAAGAUGAAGACUCCUUUAUAGAAGACGUCAACGAUAACCAUGAAGAAAAGGUGGCAAACUGGAUGCGCUCAUCGGCACAAAGGCCAGAAGAAAUAGAAACAAAGAGCGACAUUCGAGCAAUAGCUGACGCAAUAAAGGAAGCCAUGACGACACAUGUAGCGCCGCAACCGAAGUACAUUCAAGAGCUGCCGAUAUUUGAAGGCGACAGCUCCGAAUGGACGGCGUUUCGAGUCGUAUAUGAAGACACAUCUCCGAUGUUCUCUGGCAUUCAGAAUAUGGCGCGGCUACGUAAAGCGAUUAAAGGCACAGCGAGAGAAAGCAUUAAGAGCCUCUUGUACUCAGAGGCGAUGCCAGAAGAAGUUAUUAACGCUUUACGCCGAAGAUUUGGUAGACCCGACGCGCUGGUGCUAGCUGAACUGGAGAAAUUAAAGGCGCUUCCCAGAACGACGGAAAAUCCCAGGGACAUAUGCGUCUUCGCUAGCCAAAUAAAUAACAGCGUGGCCGCCAUAAAGGGAUUGAAGAGACCGCAAUACCUCUACUCGCCUGAAAUCGUGAAACUUAUAAUAGACAAGAUGCCUCCAAUUCUCAGAUUCAGAUGGUACGAUUUCACGGCUGCGAGGGAUGAGGAAUCGUUCAGUGAUAUUCAAACGAUAAGCAACUUCCUCAAUUUAGAAGCGGACAAAUGCGGCGCAUUCGCGGUACUCGAAGACAGCAAAAGCGUACGACCGAGCGCAGCGAUAAGAAGGCCAGUGAAGCAAGCUACGUAUAAUAUCGCUGAAAGGAGUAGACCUGAAGAAAUCAAGUGCCCAGAGUGUGAAGGCAUCCAUAAACUCAAAGACUGUCAAAGAUUCCUGAAGGCGGCAGUCAACGACAGAUGGGAAACAGUUAAAAGGCUUAAGGUCUGCUUCAAGUGCCUCGCUGGGAAGCACCGGAAAGAAACAUGCCGAAGACCACCGUGCAAGUUGUGUCGAAGAUGGCAUCAUAGCCUACUACAUGUGACGUCGGAGAGCGAACAAUGUCACGAAGAGGCAGCGCCCGAGACAGCAACGGUCAAUACAAUAAGCACACCGAAAGCUAUUCUUAAGAUGCUCAAGGUGGAGAUAUACGGACCGGCUGGGAGCAAACAAGUUCUGGCGCUGCUAGAUGAAGGCUCAACGGUGACACUGCUUGACGAAAACAUGGCUUCGAGCAUCGGCAUCAAGGGUCCUCGCGAAGCCCUGAAUAUAGAAACUAUCGGCGGAGGGCAAAUGAAAAAUCACGACUCCAUGAUUUUAGAUAUCGAACUAAAAGGGAUCAAGGAAAGCGAGAAGAGCACACUUAAGCGGGCAAGAACUAUCAAGGAGCUCAAAUUAACCCCUCAAUUCGUAGAUAAAAGCCGACUAAAGAAGUGUCAUCACUUGCGGGGCUUACUACAAGACGUGUGCUACGAAGCUGAGGCGCCGAAGCUGCUCAUUGGCCAAGACAAUUGGGAGUAUAUUGUCUCAUUACAAAUACGACGUGGAAAGCCAGGGCAGCCGGUGGCGUCACGAACGAAGUUAGGAUGGGUUCUCCACGGCUCCGACAGCAGUGGCGUGUCGCCGAUCAAUUACGUGAACACAUGUGCACACGCCAGCGUCGUCGAAGAUAAAAUAGAUCAGUUGGUGAGGGAACACUUCACUAUUGAGUCUUUGGGGGUUCAGCCGAAGAAGCCUUCAACGGAUAUCGAACAGCGAGCACUGGACAUAUUGGAAAGAACCAGCCGACAGUUGGAAGAUGGCAGAUACGAGGUCGGACUGUUGUGGAAAAAGGAAGAUGUAUGUCUUCCAAAUAACUACGCAGCAGCUUUCAACAGAUUUCAAGGCAUAGAAAGAAAGCUGCGUAAGGACGCUAAAUUAAAAAAUGAGUAUAGCGCGCAGAUAGACAAUCUGUUGAAAAGCAACUACGCUGAAGAAGCACCAGCCGACUGCACAUCUAACAAAAAAUGGUACCUGCCUCACUUCCCAGUGGUUCACCCUCUGAAAAAGAAGCUGAGAAUUGUUUUCGACGCUGCGGCCAAAUACAACGGAGUCAGCCUUAACGACGUUCUGCUGUCCGGCCCGGACUUACUACAGUCAAUAUUUGGAGUGCUACUGCGAUUCCGCCAAGGCCCUGUAGCAAUAGCGGCCGAUAUAAAAGAAAUGUUUCUGCAAGUGAAAAUACAGAAGAGAAGACCGUUCAACGACUCUCUGAUCACUUUUGGAGGAGAUGGCUACGGGAGAACUUGCCCACGCUACUGCCCAGGAAAACGACGGGAAGGCGAGCAGCUGCAGCCAGGCGACGUGGUUCUUAUCGUGGAUCGCACGUUACCAUGA